GAGAAAGAUGAUCGGAGUUGUUGCAGCUAAAGAUUUGCCGGCUGAACCAUCAGAGGAAGAGUUUAGGCUUGGAUUAAGAAGUGGGAUUAUUCUCUGCAAUGUACUGAAUAAGGUUCAACCAGGAGCUGUGCCUAAGGUGGUUGAAAGUCCUUGCGAUUCUGCCCUCAUCCCUGAUGGAGCUGCGCUCUCAGCAUUUCAGUAUUUUGAGAAUGUGAGGAAUUUCCUUGUUGCUAUACAGGAGAUGGGAGUUCCUACGUUUGAGGCAUCUGAUCUAGAGCAAGGAGGUACGUCUGCUAGAGUUGUUAAUACUGUUCUUGCACUUAAAUCUUAUGGCGAGUGGAAACGUGGUGGGGGCUAUGGAGUUUGGAAAUUCGGUGGGAAUGUUAAACCUGCUACUGUCUCCGCUACUAAGUCCUUUGUGAGGAAGAAUUCAGAACCAUUCACGAAUUCCUUGUCUAGAACUUCCUCUUUGAAUGACAAAUCUUUCAAUCCUUCCAAUGUGCAGUCUAGUUCUCGCUCCUCGCUCAUUCGUGCACUUUUGACGGAUAAACGACCUGAAGAAAUCCCUACGUUGGUUGAAUCAUUGCUCAGCAAGCUUGUGGAUGAAGUUGAGAAUCGCUUUUCCAGCCUUGAACUGACAAAAGCAAACCCAAAAGAUGUGGUUGCUGCUCCAUCACUGGGCAACAAGUCGCUCUUCAAAUCAGCUUUUGGUGCUAAAAGGGCAGAGGAACUUAACUCCAAAGCGAUGGAAAAGAAUGAACUUAUCCAUGGAAGCAGUAUAUAUGAGGAGCAGUCAAAGAGCCUGCUCUUAAAGCAGCAAAUGAUUUUCGAUCGGCAACAAAAGGACGUUCAGGAUCUAAAACAUAAACUACACGCUGCAAAAGUUGGAAUGCAGUUCAUGCAAGUAAAAUUUAGUGAAGAGUUCCACAACCUCGGUAUGCAUGUACAUAGUCUUGCUCAUGCUGCUUCUGGAUAUCAUAAAGUUCUCAUGGAAAACCGUAAGCUAUACAAUCAAGUGCAGGAUCUCAAGGGUAGCAUAAGAGUUUACUGCAGAGUUAGGCCCUUUUUGUCUGGUCAAUCAAAUUAUUCAAGUGUUGUGGAUCACAUAGAAGAUGGAAAUAUUACUGUUAACGCCCCAUCGAAGCACGGGAAGGGACAGAGAUCCUUCAGCUUCAACAAAGUAUUUGGUCCAUCUGCUACACAAGUGGGCGUGUUCGCCGAUAUGCAGCCACUCAUUCGGUCUGUUCUUGAUGGAUACAAUGUUUGCAUUUUUGCAUAUGGACAAACAGGAUCAGGGAAAACUUUUACUAUGACUGGGCCAAAAGAGCUAACAGAGAAGAGCCAAGGAGUAAAUUAUAGAGCAUUGGGAGAUUUGUUCCUUAUAGCAGAUCAAAGAAAGGAGACCUAUCGUUAUGAUGUUUCUGUUCAGAUGAUUGAGAUUUAUAACGAGCAAGUCCGGGAUCUUCUUGUCACUGAUGGAACUAAUAAAAGAUUAGAAAUCCGCAAUAGUUCUCAAAAUGGACUUAGUGUACCAGAUGCUAGUCUUGUAAGCGUAUCAUCAACUUCAGAUGUCAUUAACCUUAUGAACCUUGGCCAAAGGAACCGUGCCGUAGGGGCGACAGCGCUAAACGACCGUAGUAGCCGUUCCCAUAGUUGCUUGACUGUUCACGUACAAGGAAAAGAUUUGACAUCUGGAGCCAUUCUCCGUGGCUGUAUGCAUCUUGUAGACUUGGCAGGAAGUGAAAGAGUUGACAAGUCUGAGGUGACAGGAGAUAGACUGAAAGAGGCACAGUAUAUCAAUAAAUCUCUGUCUGCUCUAGGUGAUGUGAUUGCUUCUCUUGCACAGAAGAAUCCCCAUGUCCCUUACAGAAAUAGCAAACUGACACAACUUCUUCAAGAUUCACUUGGUGGGCAAGCCAAGACAUUGAUGUUUGUUCAUAUAAGCCCGGAACCUGAUGCUAUUGGAGAGACGUUAAGCACGCUUAAAUUUGCAGAGCGAGUUGCCACGGUCGAACUCGGUUCUGCUCGAGUCAACAAGGAUACUUCAGAUGUUAAAGAGCUCAAAGAACAGAUUGCAAGUUUAAAGGCAGCACUUGCGAGGAAAGAGGGGACACCACAACAAAUCCAGCUCCAUGUUUCUGGGAACUCAGAGAAAUUCAAGGCAAAAGCUAGUGAGUUAUCACCUUGCCUGCCUAGAAGUCAGGAUGCCGAUGUGUUGGUCGAAAAUGCUAUCCGUCGUCGACCUAUGGACGACGUAGGCAACAUCGAGUUUCACAGUAACUCUGCAUUGAGACAGAAGAGGCAAAGCUUUGACAUGGCUGAGCUGUUGGCUAACUCACCACCAUGGCCGCCGGUUAGUAGCCCUUGCCUGAACUACGGCGAGGACGAUAAAGACACGGCCUCAGGUGAGUGGGUUGACAAAGUAAUAGACAUGAACCGAGUUGAGAAUCCAUUGGAGGAGGAGGAGGGGUGCUGGGAAGCAGAAAAUGGUCACUUAAAUGAUAUAUUCUACCAGAAAUACCUUCAAGACUCCUCCAAACUGUACACAGAACAAGGAUACAGCAUGCUAACAGGAGGAGCUAACAGAUUCAACAUGAUUGGGAAUGAUGAUAUAGACGAUGCAGGAACAAGCGACUCAUCUGAGCCAGAUUUGCUCUGGCAAUUCAAACACUCCAAACUUGCUGCAAGCAUAGGCAACGGAAUCGGAUCGAAAACGAAGAAGCCGAACGGUGGUGGAAAGCAGCAGCAGCAGCAGCAGCAGCCCCUAAAGAGCCCAGAAUUGUUAAGCAAGAAGUUGAGUUCUUCAAUGAGCCCUUCUCCUUCACCUUCACAGAAGAUGAUAUCAUCAAAUGGGGUUGCCCUUCCACUCCACAGAAAUGGGAGACGACAGCCUGCUUCUGCUGAUAAACGCAGAACUGGAAAUAGAAAACAGUAAAAAAAAAAAUUAAAAAUUAAAAAUUAAAAUCAUUUUUUUUAUUCUUUAACGUGUGAGGGAGUGUUGAUUUCCAUUUUUUAUCCCUUUUGUUUGUUGUAAUUAAUUACUGUAACAGUGAAAAAAAAGCAAUAAUUACAGUUGCUUUUUUAA